GCCAGAAUAAACACAGGUAAUCCAAAGGACCCAGGCCUGGGGGAGGGACACCUCAGCCUCUCAUCACGUGCACUGACUCCUUCCUCUCCAGAAAGAAAAGGAGCUGCCGGGAGGCUCCGUGCUUGUACACAUCUGCCCCAAGGCUUCUCCUGUUUCUGGUCUCUGCAACGAUAAAAAAAUUAGCUUCCCCACAGCACAUAACAACUGUGCAGUCUAAACUCAAGACUUGGAUUUACUCUCAACUUCCCCAAGCACUCUGGCCAUGAGGUACUUUUAUUGGCCUAGCUCUUUGUUCUGGUUCCUAUCUAAGGGCUUGGGCAUGGAGUCGUGGAGUCUAAGUGUCUCCGCAGAGGCUAUGGAUCGGAACGUAACCCAACUGCUUACUUUCUGGAUGCUAAAGGCAGACAGCCCCAUCCUCUACUCCCACCCUGGACUGCAAGUGUGAAGAAGGCCAUGGCUAAAGCCAGACAGGCUCAGUGAUUCUGCCAUCCCCCUUCCAUCAACCCCAUACUUAGGGCAAGAGCAGAUAGGGGCACCCGACCAGCUCUGAUUCCCACUAGGGACUGUUGAGCCCCUCUCUAGCCAGUCUUUGUGCAGUUCGGGAAGCUAUCUCCAUCCCAUUGAUUUGGUCAAGGUCUCUAUGAAAAUCAGCUACAAGGGGAUGUGUUAUUCUGGGCAGAUGUUCCUGCAAUGGGAUGGUCUGCCAUUGGGGUUAGGGGAGGCUAGUAGGCUCUGUCCCAUUCCUCCCAUGCCAGUUCCCACCAAUUUCCUUAGGGACCCUCCCAUUCCAUUCCAAUUCCUGCAUUUCUUGUCUGCAGCUAGUCUGUCCCUCCCUGGGAGGAGGAUCUUGCCUGAGGGCGGAUAGAGGGUGGGGAGCUUUCCUCCUCCCUUUGCUCCAAUUGCAGAAAAGGACGGGGUUCCCAUGCCAGGGCAAGGCUAUCUGCAGCUCAGUCCACCAGUAGACACAGCCCGAGAUCCCAGCAGCCACUCUGAGCUCUGGACUACAAGCCCGAGAACAGUAGAUUGACCUCUGGUUGACAGCAAGCUUAGAAGCUCUGAGAGGUGCAGGAACACAGUCAUGGCCCACGGGUUUACUAAAGAGCAGGUGGAUGAGUUCCACACAGCCUUCUCUAGAUUUGACAAAAAUGGGGAUGGCCACAUCAACGUCCAGGAGCUGGGCGAUGUGAUGAAGCAGCUGAACAAGAACCUCUCAGAGGAAGAGCUGAAGGAGCUCAUCUCCAGGGUAGACACAGAUGGUGAUGGCACCAUCAGCUUUGAUGAGUUCCUGGCAGCGAUGGCCAAGUAUGCAAGUGGUGGGAUCGCUGAGAAGGAGCUGCGGGCUGUCUUCAGCGUCUUUGACCAGAACGGUGAUGGACACAUCAGUGUGGACGAGCUCAAGCAGGCCAUGACCCAGCUGGGGGAGAAGCUGUCACAGGAGGAGCUGGAUGCCAUGAUCCGUGAGGCUGAUGUGGACAAGGAUGGGAAGGUGAACUAUGAGGAGUUUGUGCGCAUCCUCAGUGAGAAGUGAGGCUCCCGGGGUGCCGGCCCCACCCUAUCUAUGCCUGCCCGACUCUGGUCUGCCAGGUUCUUGUGCCUUCUUGGGGACCUCUGCUUUUGUGGUGGGGCUAUAAAGGAAAAAUCUGUGUUGGUGUAUGGGAAACUACCUCACGAAUGAGGAAGACUUUGCAGUACUGGUCCUGGAUGCUGUGCCAUCUUGGGCUGUUCACUAGUGCCUUCUCUGCCCUCUGAGACUUUGGGCAAAAGAUGGUCUCCUUGGGCUGGUGCCCUGUCAUCCCCCUGCAGUAGAAUGGGUGCUUCCUACCCCCCAGGUUCUUAUG